UGUUGUGUGCGCAUAGACACCGGACGCAUUGCAUAAACUUAAGUAUUAAACAGAGACAUAUUUGCUCGUAUUUAGCAUGCAGCUUCAGAAGAAGUGUAUGUGGUUAUUACUGCACGUGAUUCACUUCACGUGUGCGCGAGAGCCCUCGAGCCCUGCAUGCUCGAGAUAUGACUACGAGGAGCGUUUAUUAGAAAGAGUCCUUAGAAACGAACUGGCUCUAGAAACCACUCUUAGUGAAAUACUGAAAACGAAUGCCAAAGUUGUGCAUGCGUUAAAACUGUUAGAAGAUGGAAAGGCAAAAGUGGAGUCCACGUUGGCAGAAAUGGAAAAGAAACAAAUCGAUAUCGAAUCUAGACUGGCUGACUUCAUAGCCAAUUCAACUCAUGUCAUGAAAUCGACGUUAGAUGCAACUGUGGUCGCAAUGAUGGAAACUUCGUCUGAGGUAAAAGAAAAUGCCUCGUUGACGUUACAGCAUCUCGUGAAUGAAGUCCGCGUUCUUAAAGAUCAGUUGAAAGUCCCUACAAUCUACUAUCGUGCACGCAUAACUUCUACCACAACCAUACAAUCUAACCAAGCCGUAAUCUUCCCGACUGUAGAGGUCAACGAAGGCCAAGGCUAUGAUCCUUCUACUGGAAAGUUCACCGCCUCAAUCCAUGGCAUUUAUCUGUUCUCGGUUCAAUACUGUAAUCAACAUAAAGCUAAUGUAUUUCUUGAAAUCGUUCACCAAAGCAAGAUAAUACAAAGGUCUUCUUAUUAUGAGCACAGUGGACAUUAUCCUUGUGUUACUAUGCAGGCAUCUACAUUUGUUGCCAUGGCAGAAGAGGUCUUGGUGCGUGCCUUUUCUACGAGCGUUUUGUUUACAGAUUCAAACAAAUAUAAUUCAUUUUCAGGCACAUUGAUUCAUGUUUAAGAAACAUAUGGGACAUUACAUGUAUUCGGCGGAAUUGCUCGUAUGUAUGUUCAUAUAUAUAUGAUGAUAUAAUGAUAUUUUAAAAAGAUCAGAAAUCGCAUAUCUUCAAAACAUCGAUAACAUGACGAAGAAAUAAAGCAAUUUUAGUUCAUCUUCUCGUUAUUUAAAAAUUGAAGUCGUUAUCCGUGUUCCUGCAUAAAGAUUUUCCUCAUAAGCCUGUAUAGUUUACCAAGUAUGCAUGUAUAUUUGACAUAAAUCUAGUAUAUUCAUUGGAAUUGGCAUAAAGCAUAAUGUAAAUAAAUAUUGUAAAAAAUG